GCCAUGUCAUUAUACCGCAUUUUUGGCCGUGGAGCUGGUAGAAUCGUAACCACAUCACUGCAUCUUAAAACUCAACUUUUAAAAAUACCUGCAAUGGAGGAGAUUAUUGCCAACAAUAAACGCAAUGCGCAAAUCAUUUCGUCCAUCUCAUCGGAGUUGACUGUGAUGCGUGGAGAGCUUCUUGCGCGUAAAAAACAACAAUUAAGCAAAGAAAACGCUUUGUUAAAGCAACAAGUUGAGAUAGCGAAGCAGCAACUCAUAGCACUAGAACUCAGCCAUGGUAAAAAGCAAAUUGCAUUACCAAAUACGCGUAGUUUUUCCACUGAAGCGCCAAGCACUCCAGUUGAAGUAAAUCUUAAAAGUGCUACCGUACCUCAGACAGAAGUUGAGUCAGCCGAUAAAAAGCAAGUGAAGGAAAAGAAACCGAAAAAGGAAAAGGUCAAUACAAAUACCAAUGCAAAUGCUCCUGCGGAACUUCCGGUUGAUGUUGGACGCCUUGAUAUGCGUGUCGGCAAAAUAAUUGAAGUGGAUCGUCAUCCAGAUGCAGACAGUUUAUAUUUGGAAAAGAUCGACUGUGGAGAACCGCAGCCACGAACUGUGGUAUCUGGUUUGGUUAAAUUUGUGCCCUUAGAAGAAAUGCAAAACCGUCUAGUAGUUGUGCUAUGUAAUUUGAAACCAGCCAAAAUGCGCGGUGUAACAUCCGAAGCGAUGGUCAUGUGUGCUUCCACACCUGAUAAGGUGGAAGUUCUCAGUCCCCCAUCAGGUGCUGUACCUGGUGACUUAGUGCAUUGUGAAGGUUACACUCGCCAACCAGAUGCCCAACUUAAUCCCAAGAAGAAAAUAUUUGAGACUUGUGCACCUGAUUUAAAAACGAAUGACGAAUUGGUGGCCUGCUAUAAAGGUGCGGCCUUGCAUGUACCCGGCAAAGGAAAUGUUGUCGCACAAACUCUGAAGAAUGUGAAUGUGAAGUAAAUAUGAAGCCAUCCUUAAAAAGAAGUUUCCUUUUAAAGUGAAAUUGCUUAGCAUGUUUUUGAUAAUGUUUAAAUAUUUAUUUUCAUAAAUUGUUAAUAAAU